CCAAUCUAUCGUUCUCAACUCCAUUUUUUCUUCUCAAUCCGUUUCAUGAAUAACUUAUUCUUAAACAUACUCAUCAUCCACCACUUAAUACAAUGGAGAUUACAGUUUUAUCAGCUCAAGGCUUGAAGAAUACUUCUUCUACUCUCUUCUCAAACCGUAUCAGACCCUUCAUCACCAUCACCACUUACUCUCCAAACACCGCCACCUCCGGCGAUAAACAGUGCCACGUGUACAAAACAAGAGUUGAUGAUGAAGGAGUAAACCCAACAUGGGGUGACAAGUUUCAUUUACCUACAGACAACGCCUUCUUUGCCAACAGAUAUUCUUGCAUAUAUCUACAACUAUACACCAAAAGGCUCAUUGUGGGUCAAACUCUACUGGGUUGGUGUCAGAUUCCGGUUAACGAUAUCGGGUUUCCUCCGGUUGGCUCCGUCCGCUAUCUCAGUUACAGGUUACGGGAUAAAGAUGGCUCCAGAGGUCAAGGAGUUGUCAACCUCGCUAUAAAGUUGGAAAAUAUAGUGCCGGUAGCCGGUGAGAACUUCAGCCAGCCGCUAGAGAUAGACACAUGUCCUGUAAUUGGUAUACCAGUGACCGUAUGUCCACGUGUCAAGGAUAGCAUGAGUUGAAAUCUCGGAGGAGAUAUGAACAGUGCGACACAAGAGAAGUCAGCCUCAGUCAUCAUGUGCUUAAGCCAAAGCAAAUGGUUCUAGAUCCCCUUAUGUUAAAUGUGUCGUGUGUCACUAAAGUCUUUUCAAUUUAGUUAACUCUGUAUGAAUGGAAUCAUGGACAGAUAGUGUGUUCCUUCUAAAUGUAUUAUAUGAAAAUUUUUGACAAAUAAAGGCCGGAUUUUAAUACUAUAA